GGGACCCGAGUCAGCUUUAUUUUCCGGAAAAACUGAGAAGCAAGAAGCGUAACAGUGUCAGAAUAAGGGCAUAAUGAUGGCAGCAGCACAGAGGCCACAAAUGUCGCUAGACUUCUGCCAUGAUACACACUCAACCGCCCUCUUGCAGGGUUUGCAGGAACUGCGGUUGGACAAUCUUUUGGUAGAUGUUGUCCUCUGUGUAUCCGGGAAAGAGAUCCUGUGCCACAGAAAUGUACUCGCUGCUUGCAGUGGAUAUUUUCGUGCAAUGUUCUGCAAUGGACAUCGAGAGACCAAGGAAUAUAAGAUAACCAUUCACGAGGCCAGCUCCAGUGCCUUGCAGAUUCUUGUUGACUACGCCUACACGUCAAAGGUAACCAUCACAGAGGACAACGCUGUAGAACUGAUGGAAGGAGCCAACUUUUUCCAGGUUCUACCGGUCAGGGAUGCAUGUGCAAAGUUCUUAUCCGAUAAUCUAAGUAUAACCAACUGUAUGAAGAUGGUAACCUUAGGUGGCAUGCUGAACCUAAACCUGGAAGCAGAUGCAUUGUUGUAUGCCAUGAAAGAAUUUGCAGCAGCCAGCAAAACACCAGAAUACCUUGGGUUGGCAAAGGAACAGCUCAUCAAGCUCAUCUCAUCAGAUGACCUGAAUGCUCCUGAAGAGACUGUGUACACAUCAGUGAUGAAAUGGAUCAACCAUGACACCAAAAAGAGGAAGAAGGAGAUGAGAGAGCUGAUGGAGCUGGUCAGGUUCCCCUUGAUUGACAGGAUGUACUUCAUAGAGAAGGUUGAGACAGACAAGGUCAUACGCAACUGCUGCCCAGAUAUUGUGUCUGAAACACUGAAGUAUCAGGCAUUCCCAGGGGAGGUCCAGUCAACCCGCACCCGUCCCCGCCGUGUUAGUGGACUGAGGGAGACAGUGGUGGUCAUUGGAGGGUACGAGAAAUUAGAGGAUGGAGAGGCUGUAGUUUGCAGCAAUGACAUCAUGAUGACACACUCCUCUGCACCAUCAAGUGAAAGUUGGAUUUCUAUGACCACAAUGAAGAAUAGCAACAACGACCAUGGAUUUGCUGUGGCUGUUUUGGGCACAAGUGACAUUAUUGUGGUUGGUGGGAUAAACUGCCAAGACGUUUGGCUGUACCAUGCAAAAUUUGACAACUGGUCUAAACUUACUUCAAUGCUAACAAACCGGGACUAUUGCAAGCUGGCAGUAGUGCGAGGAAAAGUAUAUGCAAUAGGUGGAAGAGUCAGCCACUCACCUCUAUGUAUAACAGAAGAUGUAGAAGUCUAUGACCAAAGCCUGAACAAGUGGACAAAAAGUAUUCCACUCCCUGAGCCAAGGUGCGCGCAUGCAGUUGCUGUGUUGGAUGGUAGCAUAUAUGUGAUAGGAGGUUGCGAUGCUGAGAACCGUGAAACAUCAACAGUGUACCACUUCAUCCCGGGAGGCUCUUGGUGGUAUUCAGUGAAAGACAUGCCUGAGACGUCUUCAUUUAUUACUGCUUCUGUUCUUAAUGGUAUCAUCUAUGUUGCUGGUUUUCCCUCAAAAGUGCUGUGUUACAGGCCUCAGGAGGACUUGUGGACUGUUGUGGCCAACACUGGCACUGGACUCAAAAGAUGUGGCAUGACUGUCUUUGGUGGGGAGAUCUACAUCUAUGGAGGCUGUGACAACUCGGACAAUGGGUCAUCAAAGGUAUUGCAGCUCCAUCAAGAAGAAAUGUCACUUCAGCAGGCGGGAACCAUGCCCAAGGGACUGUUUGACCAUGUUUGUGUCACUAUACUGAAGGGUUGAGGUACAACAGAGUACUCUGUACUUUCAAAGAUCAUAUGUUUGAGUAACUUUAUUUGUUACUUUAUUGAAGGGUCGAAGCACAACAGAUUAUCCUGCUCUAAUAAGAUAUCACAUGUUCAUCCAGUGUUCUCAACAAGUGAAGUUUUUUCACAGAGUAGGGUCAUCUUAGUACAGCAAAGCCUUGUUGUAAGCAACGCAGAUGUGAGUAUUGUAGAUUUUCAGUGGGGAGAUUCUGCCAGACCCCCUACAAUUUGUGGUAUCCUCCCCCUGAAAAUCUUUAGAUUUACAACCCUCAGAAACUCUAUUUUGUUGCAUUUUGACGGCCAAUUCUAGUAAAAUAAAGCCAGACAUUUUUUGCCUUGGUUACAAAACAACGGAAAAGUGGCUGGUUGAAGCACAGCGUAGGGGAACAAAUCACAGCAUAGGGGAUCCAAAUCACAGGGUAGGGGCCCUCUAUGUUGGGAAGCCCUGGUGAGAAUACUUGCUUAACUUGUGCCUUAAUACUAGUAAAAAGGAUUGGACUAAUAUUGUCAGUAAUAGUGCAGUAUAUUAAAGUUACUACUUUACUUGUAGACGUUUUUUUAUUAUAGAAAGUCAUAAUUAAAGUGCUUAGGUCACCAAAUCUAACCUUAUUUGAUUACAUACAGCCAUAACUGUAUCAUUAAAUGCAGAUGUGUGUACAAAGGAUAUGUAUGUACAAAUGUAUUUGAUGUUUUUUAACAUCAAAUCUUGCAAAUGAUACUCUAUUCUUUGCCCGUGACAUCAUAAUAAAGACGACAGCCAGUUCGGAACCUAUAGUAAGGAAAGCUAAUUACAAAAAGCUUACAUGCAAUUGUAUGUACUAAACAAUUACAUGUGUAUGCACUGUUUGGUAAUGAAACGAAUGUUUUCGCUAGUCGCGUUGCCAGAUUCAGAACAGGCUGCUGUGUUAACCAUGACAUCACAGGAGGAAAUUAGCAUAAGGCAGGCAUCACGAGCUAAAAGUAUGAUUUGUGAAAGAUUUGAUGUUCAGUUACAUCAGAAGCAUGUUUAUGGUUAUUUUUGUACAAACCUCGUUAUUCAUUGAAUUAAAGUAAUGAUGGCUAAUUGUAAUCAGGAGCUGUUGUAUCCUAGUGGCAUUGGGGACAUUAGUCCUGUUAUGUCAGCAUACAACGUAAAAGGAAAUUUUUGAAAAAAAUGCAUGAGGAUGAGAAAAGAUAGUUUGCAAAGAAUGCUAUUUGACAACAUUUAGUAUAGCAGUGAGCAUGUUUAAUGUGUAUUCAUAAUAAAUCAUAUCAAAAAUGUA